AUGCAUGUUCCCGACUCAUUCAAGUCCUCUUACUCCAACUUUGCAUUGUAUCCGUGUAAUCUGAUUGACACGGGGUAUUACCAUUCCACGCUUGAGAACUAUCGCCAGCAACUGAAAGAAGAUGCCGGCGGGUUGUUCAUCGAUGAAUGUGAUGCCGACGACAUCAGGUUGCCUGUGUGGGAUGUGAUAUUACCAACCCCAGCUGUACCGGCAGGCCAGCAAGUUCACCCGGGUGCACCUAAAGUCCUUGACAAAUGGUACAUCCGAGAUGAGGAUGAACUCAUGGAAUUCCUCUCUGACCGAUCAGCUUUGACCGCGGCAAGUCCAAUCUAUACGGGAGAAUUGGCCACUCGUCCGGAUGAAAGAUGUCGAUAUGUCUACUAUCAGAUAAUGCCCGCCUAUCUUGACUUCCUGACAACAUUUGGUCAGGAGUCUCGCCAACGUGAUCUGCGGUAUAGUGGCUUUCGAGGUAAAACGCGCCUGACAACACCGCCACGUCCAGAAACUGUGGCUCUUGAGCUUGGGAGAAGCGGCUGUCAUAUCCAAAUGUGCUAUAACCUGAUAUCUGUGACAUGUUUAACACCCCCUAAGGCUGCAUUAAAGGAGAAGCAAUGGUCUAGGCGACCAGUUGCUUUGUACCAUCAUUUCGACGUUGUGGAAGGAAAUGCGCUCUGGGUUAUCACCUGUGGCGGAAAGUAUUUUCGAGAUAGACUUGAGGAUACAGUUGGUUUGCCUGGGCGAGCUGAAGAUCGGGACUACUCGACUUUGGAAGCAGCUUUCCGAUCCUCCUUUGCAGUCCAUGCUCUGGCAGCUCAUUGGGCGAAGGAGGGUUGGCCAGCUUACAUUCAGUGGCUCGAGGAGGUCAUUGAGCAAUCGACCGGUGAUGCGAUCUAUGGCCCAAGGAACGAGAAGAUUGAGACGAAAUACACACCUGACAAUAUUCAAAAUGUACAAUACUAUGAAGACAGAACCAACGAAGCAAUAAUGAUCCUCGAAUCCAACGCAGAGGUCCUCACAGCGCUUUCUGCAUACUACGGAGGUCUCUUGACCGAAACCGACUUCCCACUUCGACAGAGCUGCCGCAAUAGCAUCAUCGACUUUGCCCGCCAACUUCAGGACGCUGUCCACGACACCAAAAUGCAGGCUUCGAGGGCGAAACUGGUCGGGCGCAUCGCCGCUGACCGGAAAAUGCUCAUCCAGUCGCACUUGACGAGCCAAGCCACCGCCUUCCAGAACGAAGCCACCAAGAAGAUGGAAACCAUGACAGGAAUAGCCCAGCGAGACGCAAUCACGGUCAAGAUCAUCACCUUCAUCACCUUGAUAUAUCUCCCGGCAACUUUUGUGUCGACCUUCUUCAGCACCGAUGUCAUUAAAUAUCAAGAUCAGAAUGAUUUCGGCCACUCGUAUCACACGAGCAGCUAUUCGAAGCUUGCGCUGGAGAGAUGGUUGCAGGUGACUUUGCCAUUAACUGCUGUCACGUUGGCCAUUGCGAUGUGGUUCUUCAGAAAGGAGAAGAAGAGAUUGGAGUUGCCGAGUUGA